AUGCCGCCUCAGCUUCCGCCUGAUGUUGACCAGGAUAAGGCGCUGCCGACAUCAACCCAGAAGAGCAAUCGUCCGGAAGGGGGUUACAUAGAUAGAUAGAUAAUAGAUAGAGAAAGAGACGGAGAUAGAGAUUGAGAGAGAGAGAGAGAGAGAGAGAGAGAGAGAGAGAGAGGGAGGGGGGCGGGAGCGAGGGAGAGGGGGGGAGAGUGGGAGACAGAACGUGUCGAGGAUUCCUCCACACAAAUGGUCGGCAACGGGUCGCAUCGCAAGGCGGCGGUGCAAGAGGGCUGCUGUGAGCCAUUCAGACUAGGGACUAUUGAGGUCUUAUUUGACGUGACAGGAACCGGAAAUUAAAGAUCAGUAAUGUUUUUUUAUCCAAACGGGAGGCGGCAAACUAAUAUUCUCAAUAACACAUUUUUACCAAGGUGGAGUUACUUUUUAAAAAAAAUACAUUUUUGCACACAUUUUAUAAGAAUUAAUUUCCAUAAUUAUGAAAAUAAGUAGAGGUAUAUACCAAAAAUAUCAUUCUAAAAAACAAGUGUGGAUGAGAACGCUUAUCUCAUAGUGACAUGCAUGCAAUUCUGGGGCAACCAAGGCGUGGAAGAAACUGUUAGACCCCAAACUGGUAUCGGAUAAUACUCACAGGAUCCUCUCACCCCACGUCGGGGAAAUAAACUGAUGGAUAAGGUGGCGCCCACAUAUCUCCGGAAACCAACCGAAGGCUAAGGAAGAUCGUGAAGAUGGGACGGGUGUGGUAGAAGUGAGCAUUCGAUUGUGGGUUCAUCAAGAUUAUAAAGGUUGGCCGACCCUCGACGAUGUGAGGGGAGGAAGUAUCUAGGUAGUUCCCUAAGACAGCAGCGGCUGAAGGAGAGCGGGGGGCCCUCUCGAACGUCCCCACUGACUCUAGGGUUCUUCAGAGCCCAAGCUACUCUUUCUAUUGUUUUAUCUUCUAUUUCCCAUAUUUCUGUUCCCAUUACCUAUCCAGUUCUGGGUUCCCGUUAUUCCUUCCUUGAUUUACUGUCUUAAGGCCUUCAAUUAUCUUUUCAAAGAUUGAUUUACCCUAAGCUCAGGGGAAGGCUAACACUUGGAAGAUCUCUAGCUGCUGUGGUUUUUAUUAGUGUUAUAAAAGCCAAAUAACGGCAGAAAGGUUGAUAGAAUCGUGUGAAUAAAGACAAAGGAAAUCUCUAAAGAAAAAUGUUCAACUAAAAUAAACCUCUCAAUGGGAGAGAGUUCAUAAUAGAACUAGAGAACAGACAACGAACUUUCUCAACAAUGGUUUGAUUCAUUCGCUUUGCUACACCGUUCUGCUGCAAUAUGUGUUAGAUUAUGAGAUGUCUUAAGAUGCUUUCAGAUUUGCAAAAAUUCUGAAAUUAAUUUGAGUAAUAUUCCAUCUCAUUAUUAGUUUGUAGAACUUUAAUAGAUUGACCAAUUUGCUUCUCUAUCAUUAAUUUCCAUUCUUUAAAAUGCUGAAGUGCCUCAGAUUUAUUCUUCAAAAAAUAAACUCAUACCUUUCUCGAGUAGUCAUAAAUGAAAGUCAAGAUAUAUGAGGUUCUUCUAUGUGACGGGACACUUGACAGCCCUCCAAAAUUCUAGUAGAUUUGUGCUGGCUUAUUAGAAAAUUGAAACGAACUUGUUUUCUAUACAAGCAAUGUUCACAUAAUUGUAAACUACUUGAUUUCAUUUCAUCAAGUAGUCCACAUUUACAUAAUUCAGCCAUUCCUUGCUCGCCCAUGUGUCCUAGCUACAUAUGUCAUAAUUUAGUAGUAUUUUCUACAGAAUGUGAUGAGUUAGCCAAAGCCACAUCAUAUGUAAUAGUAUUACCUUUGAGAACAUAUAAAUUUUUCAUCUUUUGAUGACCUUUUAAUAUAAUUAAAGAGUCUUUGCAAACUUUUAAGAAUAUCUCCUCUGAUAAAUUUGUAUCCCUGAGAAUCCAAUAUGCUGAGAGAUAUAAGAUUUCUUUUCAGCUCAAAGAUGUAUCUGACAUUGCUCAAAGUAUGAAAUUUAUCAUCAAACAUUUUUAUGGGAACAUUCUCAAUACCCUCAACUUUGCAAGAUGAGUUAUUUUCUAUCAAAACGACAUCGAUGACAGAUGAAACAGGCGAAGUAAAUGCUUCUCGAUUGAAGCAUAUGUGAAAGGUACAAGUAGAAUCCAAAACCAAUCUCUUGAUGCAUUUGAUUCACAUUCUGUCACGACAAGAAUUUUUCCAGAAUCAAGAGAUGAGGUUAUAUUUGUGGCAGGUUGAUUAGGCGAGGAAGGUUGAUUUGUACCAAAGGUUUCCCUCUUGAACUUGUUUUGAAGCUUGUAACAUUCUUAUGUAAUGUGACUCUUCUUCUUGCAAUAAUUGUAAGUUUUGUCAAGAUGAGGUGACUUAGAUCGACCUUUUGAAGUAUUUUUCUUUCUCUCAAGAUCACCUCCUCAAAUGACAACGCCUUCAGCUUGAGACGACGUAGCCGUCUCCAAGAACUUGCUCAUGUUUUUCUUGGAUGAGAGAGCUUCAUAAAUAGUCGCAAGGGAUAGACCUUCGGACCCAUAAAAUAGAAUAUCCCGAAAGCCCAAAAAGGAUGGUGAUAGAGACAUAAGAAGUAGAGAGCAAAGAUCCUCGUCAUUUAACAUAUUUACAUCAAGAGCUUCAAGUUCUGCCAUAAUAUCCUUAAAAGCGGCUAAAUGGGAUUCCAAAGAAGUACCUUUCAUCAUAUGUAGACCAAAUAGUCGUUGUUUGGCGAGAUUCCGUCGGGUGACGAUUUUAGCUACAUAUCUCCUCAAACCUUGACCAUAACUUGUGAGCUUUUGUCUCUUUUUGAACAUCCUGAAGGAUACCAUUUGAGAUAUGACGUUAUAUUUGAGUUAGAGCUUUUUGAUUUAUCAUUUUCAUCUGAUCCUCAAUCCAUGAAAUAUGCAUCGUUGGAGAAACAGCAUCCUCAAGAUCUAGUUGUGUAAGAACUGACUUCAUCUUGACUUGCCAUAGCAUGAAGUUUGUCUUCUUAUCGAGUUGAUGAAGUUUCACCUUUGUCGAUGCCAUUCCGCGAAGUAGCUUUGAUACUAAUUUGUUACAAAAGCUAAAUAACAUCAGAAAUGUUGACAGAAGCAUACGAACAAAGACAAAAGGAAUCUCUAAAGAAAAAUACUUGACUAAAAUAAACCUUUAAAUGAGAGAGAGUUCACAAUAGGACUAGAGAACAUACAACGAAAGUGAAAUGCAGAACAAGAUCAAGAAAUAAGAAGAGAAAAAAAUGGCAAUGCCGAUUCGUGUGCCUUCUACCCUAUUUGUAACUGUCAUGAUCAGCGUCAAAGAAGAAAACUUCAUGUCCUUUGUUCUAAUGAUAGCGCUUUAUAGGAAACGGUCAAAUUUGACCAAGUUUAAUAGUUAACGAUUUAUUUACUUGAUUCCUUCAGAAAGAGUCGUGCCUUAGACUAAAAUCAUUAUGGCCUGGACUGCUGUUUCCCGUAGCCUCCCCCCUCCUCUCUCGAGUGAUGGAUGGUGGGUUGGGCGACUCUUGGUACUUCACAAGGCAGAACGAGAGAGAUUGUGCCGGAUUAGCAUCUUAGCAAUAGAAUUUGGGAUUUCACCAAACGGGCUUCUCAUUAAAAUACAACACUGUAGACAUAAAAGAGAACCCUCAAUCAAGUGAACUCUGACCGGUGAGAUAGACACAAGAAACCAUGAAUCUGGUUUGACUUGUGAGAUAGAAGGGACGGUGGGUGGGCCACGUAUGAGAUAUGGCGUUGGGCAGAUUUGAUCAGAUAUCUAGAGAAAGCCUUUAUUGGAUGAACAUUGAUGAUUGAAAAAUUAGAGAGCUAGUGAAAUGUUAGCCAAGAAACAAGAGCUUUAAAGGCUUUCUGGCACUGUCCUAUGAAAUAACCACUUUACCGUUCCUACCCUAUAUGAGCGACAUUGGUAACUGUGGUAGAUCACGCAAAGGAAGAGUAUGACUUGGUAAAUUAUAGAUUCUACGCUACAGCAAAUUUGUGCUUGGACAGUGAAGUCGCCUUGCUUAUUGCCGCUGUACACGUCUCUUGUUCACUUCUGGCAUUUUUACUCCACGUUCUUCCACCACUAUUUAAAUUCCAAGUUAGAAGAGUCAGACGUGAUUGUUCGCGUAGAUGAGGAAAGAAGCACAACUACGUCGGUUGGUAAGUGAUGGAAUACCCGUUCUAUGGAGUGGGAAGAUACUGCGAUGAAAGAUGGAGGGCGAGCACAUAAGAAGAGUGUCAUAUUUAGGAGACGUAUUCGUGUCCGAGAGCGUAUUUGAUGACAACUAUUUAUUUCAGGGCUCGCCCGGAGAUUACAAUAAAGAUAUUAAAACCAUACAGAGGUGCUCCACUGAGGGAUAGGCAGCGGGGAGCGCAUCUCCAAAGUACUAUAGAGUAGUCGUGUUUCCUCCAAGUUCCUUUGUAUAGCAAGAGGGACCCUGGAAACUCCUAUCAAGGCUCCAUUUCGGGCAAGCUCCAUCUAGAACCGGGGCGGAUGGUGAGAAACUCCCUUCAGCGGAGGCCUGUACGGGUGACGCUGCGGUCCGGAGGGCUCGACGUGUCUUGGCGGCGGCGGUGGCGGGGGAUCGAAUAAGCCAGAAGAAGGUGGCAGGGGAGGACCAAGAAGACCAUGAUGAAUAUAUUCACGAGCAGGCGGAGGAGGUGCGCCAGGCGGUGCCUGCGGUGGCGCGGGGAUAUCAAAUGGGGAGGAAGAACGCGGCGGAGGAGGGCCAGGAGGAGAAAUGUUGUGGGGACUACGCACAGGAGCUGCGUCAGACGGCCCCCGCUGUGGUCCAAGAUCGAACAGGCGGCGGGGAGGAGGAGAAGGUAGCGACGGAGGGCCAGGAGGAGGAGGAGAAGGGAAAGUGGGGAUGCUCAGUGGAGCUCCGCGGGGCGGCCCAGGAGGGCCUGGGGGUGGAGGGCCAGGAGGACCCGGAGGAGGGGGGGGAGGCGGCGAAAGUGCACCAGGGGGUCCUAGUGGUGGUGCGGGGAGAUCCAAUGGGCGUGGCGGUGGUGGGCCAGGAGGACCCGGAGGAGGAGGGGGAGGCGGCGAACGUGCAUCGGGGGACCCUGGUGGUGGUGCGGGGAGAUCCAAUGGGCGUGGCGGCGGAGGGCUAGGAGGACUCAGAGAAGGGCGAGGAAGGGAGCAGCGCGGAGGAUGUUCUCCAGGCGGCUCCGGCGGUGGCGGGUGUGGUCGCUGGGUCAUGUUGGCGAAGGAUGGAUGUUUCUACGAGUUCUGGUGUCUGGUUUGGAGGCAUGUUGUCGAGGCGAAGCCGGCGUUUUAUGAAGGAUUGA